UAUUUUAGUGAUAAAUUAAAUAAAAAUGUGUCGUGUUUUGUGAGUAUUUUGUUAGACAAACAGAGUGGAUAAUGUGUGAUAAAUUCAAAGUGGAUUUAUAAUAAGGAUUCCGAUAAAUAUAAGAACCGGGGUCCUCCUAGGGAGAGCGCGCGUGCCCGCGUCGCUGCAGCUCUCUCAGCCGCCGGCCGUGUUCCCGGCGGUCGAGGAUGGACGGCACGCGGGCGCUUGACCUCAUGCCGCUUCUGCAGGACCGCCUGGCAGCGCUGACAGGCGGCCGGGACAGGCGCGGCGGGCCUAUCAUCACCUUUCCAGCGGCUGCGAGGAGGGACAGGGCCAAGCACGAUGAUUAUAGGAGACUGUUGCAGUAUUUGAUGUCUUUGCCGAGUGACGAUGUAAGGGCCAUAGGUUUCACUGUGAUAGUCGACAUGCGGGGUCCAGCCACGGGUUCUGCGAAACCUAUUCUGAAGGCCCUCCAGGAGCUCUGUCCGCCAGGGGUGGUGCACCAGGCCGUGGUCGUCAGGCCUUCUGGACUCUGGCAGAAGCAGCGCGCUGGCAUCGGAUCGCAGAAAUACAAAUUCGAGACUACUCUAAUAUCUCUGGAAGGCUUAUCCAAAAUCGUGGAUUCAUCACAAAUAACAGCAGAUUUGGAAGGAACUUUGUCAUAUGAUCAUGCUCAAUGGAUCGAUCUUCGUUUGAUGUUGGAAGAAUUCUCUUGGCAAGCUGGUGAUCUUCUGGACAGACUGGACGAUUUACAGGAGGAUUUGUCAAGAAGCGACUUUGCCGAAGACGUUCCAGGAGCCAAACACGGUAUCGAUUUGCAUAAUGAUAUGAAAAAGAAGAUUUUGAAGACUCCCAUAGAGGAUUUAGAAUUGCAAGGUCAGAGGUUGCUCCAAAGAUUAGGAGCAGAUGCAAGCAUCUCAUCAUCAUCAUCAUCUCAUAAUAGAAGUGACAAUCAUUCGGACAGUUCAUCAAACAACGCAUCCAAUAGCUCUUUGGGAACCUGCACCAAUCCUGAUAUGGCAGCCUGUAUACCACAAGUUCUACAACAAUUGGAAUCCGUACAUGCGGCCAAAGACCACGUGCUUCAAACUUGGCACACCAAGAAGACGAAAUUGGAUCAGUGCUUUCAGUUGAGAUUGUUUGAACAUGAUUGUGAGGAGAUGUUUAAAUGGAUUUGCCAAAACCGAGACAAGUUCCACAUGAGCUAUGUAGAAAUAGGUCACAGUUAUGCCUUGGCCAAAUGUCUUCAACAAAAACAUCAAGGAUUUGCAGUUGCCUCGAUGAAUGUUUCGAUAAAUAUCAGCAGAAUCUUGGCUGUUGCAAAUAGACUAACCGAAGAUGGUCAUUAUGCUGCUCAACACAUCAGAGCAGUUGCCACUAGAUUAGAUCGGACCUGGAAGGAAUUUGCUGCUGGAUUGGAUGAAAGAACAGCAGUUUUAGCAUUAUCAGUAAUCUUUCACCAUAAAGCUGAGCAAUAUUGUGCUAGUGUGCCUGGAUGGUCAGCAGCUUGUCAGGGACAGAAUGGACCAUUGCCGACUGAUAUUCAUCUGUUAGAACAAACCAUACAUCAGCACCAGAAUUUAUAUGAAGCUAUGUGUCAGGCUUACACUGAGGUUUACGACUCGUACCAAAUCUUAUUGAAUGGUCUGGAUACAAUGUUGCAAGUAUGCCAUGGACUUCCCAAUCAAGAAAGUUCUGGUUUACAGACAUUUUGUCUGCCAUAUGUUCAUUCAACAAGCAAGAAGUUAUUAUAUCAAUUAGAUCAUCUCGUACAAGUUUGCAAUCAACCUCCGCAACCUGGUUUACCGGAUCAUAGAAAACAUUUGCAAGAUUCUCAUCACUUAAUUCAACACACACACACAUGUGGAAACCCUGCAGCUGAUUACAGUGAAGGUGCAUCUCAUGUUCUCGCUGUCAUUCACCAGAUUCUUGGUCACCAUAGAGCCCUUGAACAAAAGUGGCAUCAGAGCAAAAUUAGUAUGCAUCAAAGAUUAGCUUUGAGACUAUUUCAGGAGGAUGUCAAACAGGUUUUGGAUUGGCUGGAAAAUCAUGGUGAAGUAUUUAUUCGCAAAAACACAGGAAUUGGAAGAAAUUUGCAGAAAGCGCGCGUGUACCAAAAAUCGCACGAGCAUUUCGAGAAUGUAGCUCAGAAUACUUAUACGAAUGCCGAAAAAUUGUUAGCAGCAGCCGAAGAAUUAGCACGAAGUGGCGAAUGUGAUGCCCAACAAGUCUGUUCUGUAGCCAGACAAUUGGAACAAAGAGUUACUGCAUUUGCCAACAGGGUAGAACAGAGGAGGAGACGAUUGGAUUUGGCUGUUCUGUUCUACACACACGAAAAAGAGUUAUCAACUUGGGUGGAUGAGCUUCGUGCAGAUUUGUGCAGUGAAGACGAUGGUCAAAUUCCAGGAGGUGACACGUGGGAAGGGGCCGAACGCCUGUUAGAGCAGUGCGCCCAACAUCGGGCCGCGGCCCUUGAGGCUUGUUCCAACACAAUAGCACAGGGAGAGGCACUUUUGCAAGAGAUCAGAUCCGUGGGAGAUAUGGACUCCACCGGUUCCGUAUCAGCGGUGGAAGGCGCCCUGGAGCGCCUCGGAAAACAAAGAGGCGAGUUGGAGGAAAUGUGGGCUGCCCGGAAACUCCGGCUCGAUUUAUGUCUGAGACUCCGGUUAUUUGAGCGAGACGCUUUGGAGGUUUCAUCACAGUUGGAGAUGUGGAGAGUUGAAUUAGAACACAGCGAAUUAUCUCGAGAUUCUCAGAAAGCGGAACAGUUUUUGAGAUUACAUAAUGAAUCAGUUCAACAAAUGCAGAACACGACCUACCAGGUUUUGCAGCAAGGUCAGGAUUUGCUACAAGCCUUGGAAACCAGUGGAGCAAGGGUGAUGUCUGAUGCUCAGUAUAAUGCACAAACCAGGGUAGAGGCUUUGUUAGAGUUUCUCCAUGAUAGCGAAUUGGAUCUAGAAGAUCGAGCGGAAUUGAAACGCGUGAGACUCGAGCAAUGUGUUCAACUCUGCCAGUAUCAGAAUGACGCCAACCAGGUUCUAAGUUGGAUAAGAAAUGGCGAAGCUAUGUUGAUGGCUAGUUUUACCAUUCCCAGCGAUCUUACUGAUGCUGAAAUGCUCAAGAAAGAACAUGAACAGUUCCAAGUUGCCAUUGAGAAAACUCAUACUUCAGCCGUCCAGGUGAAAUUCCGAGCAGACUCCUUAGUAGCUGCAAACCAUUACGAUCCGACAACUAUUCAAACGAUUUCCGAUGAAGUCACCAAACGGUGGCAACAAUUGGUGACAUAUGCUGAAGAAAGACAUAAACUAGUCACGGCCAGUUUGAAUUUUUAUAAAACUGCCGAACAAGUAUGCUCUGUCCUGGAUAGUUUGGAAAGAGAAUAUAGACGCGAUGAAGACUGGUGUGCAGGCACCACGAAUGGCAACUCCUCUCAAAAUGACAAAGCUAGUACAAUAGUUCAAUUCAUUAAUAAGCAUCAAGAGCAAAAAGAAGCUUUCCUAAAAGCUUGUACCCUGGCUAGAAGAACAGCCGAAACUUUCCUUAAAUACACAACCAGAAGUCUCCAAUUCUACAGUUACCCAGGAACCGGAAGUUCCGAAGCAAGAGUCAGAAGCAUUUUAGAAAAGUUGUUGUCACAAGAAAAUAAAGUUUUAGAAUAUUGGACUCAGAGGAAGAAACGUUUAGAUCAAUGCCAACAAUAUGUACUGUUUGAAAGAUCUGCUAAGCAGGCUAUAGAAUGGAUACAUGAAACUGGUGAGAAUUAUUUGGCAACCAGGGCUGCCAGCAUUGGAGGAAGCAGAGAAGAAACUGAAGAUCUUUUGAGGGAGCAUACGGAGUUUAAAGGAACUGCCAAAGAAACGAGGGAACGAGUAAAGUUGCUAAUACAGUUGGCUGAUAGUUUGGUAGAGAAAGGACAUGCUCAUGCUAGUUCUAUUAAGCAAUGGGUUGCCGCCGUUGACAAUAGGUAUAAAGAUUUUAGUGCUCGUAUGGACGCUUAUAGGCAACAAUUGGAAGGCACUCUUGGUCUUCCUGCGGUGGUACAAGAGGAAGUUCCGGUGCCGGAACCUACAACGAAAUCUAGUCAUAGUGAUAGACAUUCAGACCCAUCACUGGAGGCCAAAUUGAAAGAAGUAUCUUCCAAGGAAAUGAAAGAAGUUAAUGAAGAAAAACGGAAAUCCGCUAGACGAAAGGAGUUUAUAAUGGCAGAACUUUUGCAAACGGAGCGUACCUAUGUUAAAGAUUUAGACAUUUGCAUAAAAUGUUUUCUGAACGAAAUGCGAACGAACCCAAGUAACGUCCCGACUGCAAUACAAGGAAAGGAAGAUAUACUCUUUGGAAAUAUGGAAGAAAUUUAUCAGUUCCAUAAUUCAAUAUUUUUGAAAGAAUUGGAAAAAUAUGAAACAAUGCCAGAAGAUGUCGGACAUUGUUUCGUAACUUGGGCAUCGAAGUUCGAUAUGUAUGUGCACUACUGCAAAAAUAAGCCUGAAUCCAAUACACUCUUGGUCCAACAUGGAGGUACAUAUUUCGACGAUUUGCAACGUAAAGCAAAGAUUGAGCAUCCAUUGGCUGCUUAUUUAAUCAAACCUGUACAAAGAAUAACCAAAUAUCAGUUACUGCUUAAAGAUCUGCAGGCAUGUUGCUUAGAAGGACAAGGAGAAAUCAAGGAUGGCUUAGAUGUGAUGUUAAACGUCCCAAAGAAGGCUAAUGAUGCGAUGCAUUUAUCUCUCUUGGAACAAUGUGAUGUGUCUGUGGAUUCUUUGGGAGAUGUAGUUUUACAGGAUGGGUUCCAUGUGGUCGAUCCAAAACAUUUGAUAAGAAAAGGACGAGAUCGACAUAUAUUUUUGUUUGAAUUAUAUUUAUUAUUCGCCAAAGAAGUUAAAGACAAUAAUGGCAAAGCCAAAUAUAUUUAUAAGAAUAAAUUAAUGACUUCAGAAUUAGGCGUAACAGAACACAUAGAAGGCGACGAGUGCAAAUUCGCCGUCUGGACGGGUCGACCGCCCCUAAGUGAUUACAGAAUAAUUUUAAAAGCUUCUUCCUUAGAAGCAAAACAAAUGUGGGUCAAAAGACUCCGAGAAGUCAUUCAAGAGACCUACUUCAGCAGUGCAUUGCCAAUGCACAUGCCUCCUAAAUCUCCUGGAAAAGGAAAACAUAAUGCUAGUCAGAGAAGUAGCAGGGAUCUAGAAGAAUGUACAUCUUUGGACGAAAGUGCAGAAAACUUGGAUAGAAAUUCGUUGGCCUCUUUCGGAAGUGGAAACACCACAGAUUCAGACAAGACAAGUGCGGUGGAAAUGACAUGGGUCAUUGGCGACCAUCACGCCGCUCCCGGAAGCGGCGAGUUGACGGUGCUCAAGGGGCAACAGGUGCAGGUUCUGGACGUCUCCUGUCCGACCAGACCAGACCACUGCCUGGUGCGUAUGCCGACACAGGGCGUGGAGCGCGGAGGACCGGUUCCUGAAGGAAUAGUGCCUCUGGCGGUUCUAAAACAACCGCCAAUCACCACCGGAGGGCAGAAGAAUACUUCGCCGGCUAGGAAACCGUUGGGAGUUUUGGACCAGGAACUAGAUGCUGGUACCAGUGAUAGUUCUGGAACUGCAAAUACUUCUUCACCAAUUAAUAAAAGAAGAGGAUUUGGAGGUAGAAAAUGGUUACCCCAACCUUUGAGGAAACUAUCUCAAGGAAAAGUGGAAAAACAGUCGUCUACAGCUGGUCAGGAUCAGAGAACGACUGCUCCUUUGAAGAAGACCUCUUCUGACAAGAGAUUCAAGUUACCAGCCAACCUAUCAACAACCGAGCAGUCGUCCGAAGAAGACGACCAGCAACGUCUUCUCCAACAACGUCUACAAACUUCCACCAGUGCACCCCGACCUUUGACAACUACGUCGCACAACGGUUCUGCCAGUGGCGUAGCCCCAGAAGACCCCGAAGACGAGACCCUAGAACUGCCACCUCCAAUGAAACCUAUCCAGGAUCCCACCCUGGUCGGAAGUGGAUCGACGGUUGCAGGAGGCACUGGAAGCACCAGUGUCACUCCUUCACAUCAACCGGUGGACGAAAAUGGAAAACGGUCCUCGUCCCUUUCAUUAAAAGCCCUGGACGGAACUUCUGUAGACAUCUCUGAAAUCGAGCAGAUUGUCAAAGAACGAAUGGAGCAACAUUCUGAGAAUUUACCAGUAAGCAGUACGAAAUCCCUAGAAACGACUUUGGAAGUCGCCGAGGACGGAGUAUUGAAUAAUGAGUCCGGCACUGGCGGUUCUCAAGACAACGAAAUUAUAGAUGUAGCUGGGUCUUUGAAAAAGAGAGAUUUUGUGCUGAAGGAAUUGGUACAGACUGAGGAAGCCUAUGUUAAUGAUUUAUCACAGAUUGUAGACGGUUACAUGGCGCACAUGCGCGACCCAGAAUGCGACAUAGUUAUGCCCGAAGAUUUGCGUGGCGGAAAAGAUAAGAUGAUUUUCGGAAAUGUUGAAGCCAUAUACGAAUGGCACAGAGAAUUUUUCCUUAAAGCCUUGACCAGAUGUAGAGAUAAUCCACAAGAUUUAGGACCGCUUUUUAAGAGAUACGAAAGAAAAUUGCAUAUGUACGUUGUGUAUUGCCAAAACAAACCGGUUUCUGAACAUAUCGUCUCAGAAUAUAUGGAUACUUACUUUGAAGAUCUUAGACAAAAAAUGGGACACAAAUUGCAGCUGUGUGAUUUGCUCAUAAAGCCUGUUCAAAGAAUUAUGAAAUAUCAAUUGCUUUUGAAAGAUAUCUACAAACAUACAGAAAGAGCUGGUCUGUUACAAGAGACUGAAUCUUUGAAGCACGCGAUGCUUGUGAUGCAAGUUGUUCCAAAAGCAGCAAAUGAUAUGAUGGACGUGGGCAGACUUCAAAAAUUCGAUGGUAAAAUCACAGCACAAGGCAAGCUUUUACUGCACGGGCCACUUUUGUGCUGGGAUACUGGUAAUGAAAGAAACAGUCUUGGAGGUGGUCUCGUUGGAGCAGGCAAUAAGCCAAAAGAAUAUCAAGUUUUCCUGUUUGAACAAAGUAUAAUUUUCUCAGAAGCUGUAGGGAAGAAAACGCAGUUUACAAACCCUGCUUAUAUUUAUAAAAUGCACAUACAGGUUAACAAAAUGUCUUUAGAAGAAACCGUCGACGACAGCGCGGACCUGCCUCGUUUUAUUCUACGUUCCACGGACCCUUCCAGGCCCGUACUGGGGCUCUCCUGUACGGCCCAGACUCAAGAACUACGUACCGAAUGGGUGCGAACAAUAACUAGUAUAUUGCAAACUCAGAAAGACUUUCUGAUGGCAAUACAGAGCCCCAUAGCUUACCAGAAAGAGCUGACCAAAGAUGU